AUGUCAAAGCCCGGUCUCAUCCCGAAUGCUCUGAACACCUCGAUCGAAUGGUACUUUUUCAUAUUCGCAGAGAAUUGGAUCGACAAGGUCGAACCACCCACCGACUACUACGUCAAAGAAAUGCAAAAAUCGUUGACCUCAUUCUUUGGAUCAUCGAAAAUAUUGGGAACCAGCAGCAAACCAAGCGGUAGCUCUAGCGAUCAAGAAAAGAGUGAUACCGUCAAGAUUGUGGAUAUAUUCGUCAAGAUCAUCAGCGAUACACUUCCGGUAUUCACCUCGAACGAAUUCAGCUUUGUCGAUAUCGUAAAGAUCACGGACAGCGAUCAACAACGUGGAAACAAGCGAGAACUACAGUUGAUCGAAGACUACAAUCCCGAUGUCAGCAGCACCGACGCCAAUGGCAGUGACGAAUACGCCGCUUCGUCGGUCGAAACCACUCUCUCGACAAAGAAGAGCAAGCGCUCCAAAGAGUUCCACCUCAACACACCGACCGACUACUUCUUUGAUCUUCCCUCUGAGAAUACAAUGUAUCUUCUCCCGCCGUUUGUUCCGAGCAAACUACUCGCAUUCAACACCAGUGCCAGCGCACCGAUAGUGCGCGUCACCGAGCCAAAGACUGACAUUCUCUGUAUGCCAUCUGAGAUCCUGAAUCAUAUACUUUCGUUUCUCAGCGAUGUCGAUCUUUGUCGAUGUGCAAGAACCUGUCGCCAUAUGAAGAGACUGUCGGAGCGUGACAGCCUCUGGUACUGCCAAUACGUAAGAUGGUUCGGUAAGUGUUGCUUCAAACAGAGUUCACUCGACUCGGUGCUACCGCCCAACAUUGCAAUGUGGGACAACUACAGAAAGACUACAUUCCCGCAAUCGGCACUGGAUCCGCCCUUCAAGAAUCCCGCUCAAACCUACUUUCUCUCCAAGGAAACCAUGUACGAGUCGAUCACUGGCAACUGGAAGAAGAAGUUCUUUCUCAAGAUAAGAAUGGAAGCGCUGUGGGCGCUGUGCAGGGGCGAUCAGCCACAAAACACCGGUGGUGACUUUGGGUCGGGUAGCGAAGAGGGCUUCACAAUGAUGUCGAUCUGUUCCUACAAGAUUUCACCACAACUGUUUGCAGUGAUACCAAACAACAAAGAUGAAUAUAUAUCCGCCAUUCUACUUCACCAUUCAUAUGCAUUCUUUUCAACCAACACAGGCGAUUUCUACAAAGUUAAUCUUUGGUCACCGAUGGAAUCGUACGAUCAGGUAUUUACUAAACUAAAUAUUGGUCAAAAUCAAAUCAAUCAGAAUCAUAAUGAAGAGAUAGAACAACAUCACCAACAACAACAACAAACAAAUGAAACAAUGAUAACAGCAACAACUAAUAAUAAUAUGAAUAACAUACCAAAUCAAACAAAUUGGCCAGUCAAGACCUUUGACUUAACACCCAACAGACUUAUUUGUGCCACCUCCACCAAGAUCUCCUACUGGGAUCCACGAAAUUUACAAUCACCAAUCGGUGAACUCUGGAGUCCGCUUACAACCGACGUCGUCAAUAUUCAACUCUCACAAUUCAACGUAAUGGUUCUAUAUUCCAAUGGUAUAUCACAUGUAUGGGACUUUAGAGUAGUUAGAGUAAAAUUCCAACAAUCUUUCGAAUUACAAUUUGUAGAAUCAAAAUCAGUAUUGAAUCAACAAACAAUCAUAGUAGUUCAGAGAUUGGAUAUUAGUAGCAUCCAGUCAAAAGAUCUACCAACAUUAAUACUUAAAAAGACCUCAACAUUAAUGCACUCCAUUGCAUUUCAUCCUCCACCUUAA